AGGAGAAAAAACACACAGACGAACAGAACUUCAGGAAGACAUGAUGGUGAUGAAGGUAGAAGAGCUGGUCACAGGGAAGAAGAAUAGCAGUGGGGAGACUGGGGAGUUCCUCCCCGAGGAUUUCAGAGAUGGGGAGUAUGAAGCUGCUGUUACUGUAGAGAAGCAAGAGGAUCUGAAAACACUUCCAGCCCACUCCCUGAGCCUGGGGGAGCAGCAGUGGAAAAUUGAGAAAGAGCGAGAGGCAGAGCUCAAGAAGAAAAAACUAGAACAAAGAUCAAAGCUUGAAAAUUUAGAAGACCUUGAAGUAAUCAUUCAACUGAAGAAAAGGAAAAAAUACAGGAAGACUAAAGUUUCGGUUGUAAAGGAACCUGAACCUGAAAUCAUUACAGAACCUGUGGAUGUACCUACAUUCCUGAAGGCUGCCCUGGAGAAUAAGCUGCCAGUAGUAGAAAAAUUCUUGUCAGACAAGAACAAUCCAGAUGUCUGUGAUGAGUAUAAACGAACAGCCCUUCACAGAGCCUGCUUAGAAGGACACUUGGCAAUUGUAGAGAAGUUAAUGGAAGCUGGAGCCCAGAUCGAAUUCCGUGAUAUGCUUGAAUCCACAGCCAUCCACUGGGCAAGCCGUGGAGGAAACCUGGAUGUCUUAAAACUGCUGCUGAAUAAAGGAGCAAAAAUCAGUGCUCGGGAUAAGCUGCUCAGCACAGCCCUGCACGUGGCGGUGAGGACUGGCCACUACGAGUGUGCAGAGCAUCUCAUCGCCUGUGAGGCGGACCUCAACGCCAAAGACCGAGAAGGAGACACCCCUCUGCACGAUGCUGUGAGGCUGAACCGUUACAAGAUGAUCAGGCUCCUAAUUACAUACGGGGCCGACCUCAACAUCAAGAAUUGUGCUGGGAAGACCCCAAUGGAUCUGGUGCUACACUGGCAGAAUGGAACCAAAGCAAUAUUUGACAGCCUCAAGGAGAACUCCUACAAAACCUGUCGCCUGGCCUCAUUCUGAGGGAAACCACAUCUCUUCAUCAGCCGUUCUUCACUGGCAUUUUGAGGGCACAGCCCCCAAGAAGAGCAACUAGUCAUAAAACCCAGCUUCUAUCCACCUAUUGUAAAGCUGCACCUAAUGAGGUUUUGAGAAAGCACGGAGAUAGAGGUACGGAGAUGUCCCUUAGUGAAGCGCACUCUAUUUUUAUGUAUUCCUGGUUAUUUAUUUAUUUAUUUACUUCGACACCACUGAUACUCAGAUCCUUCACAAUCAUCCAUUUGGUGAGCAAAGCUUCAUUUGUAUAGAACACUGCAGACCCUUCCUGCAGAUCUUGAACCAUAUUAACGAGCAAUGUGGUGUUUACUUAUGUGCGCCUCGCUCACGGAAGCUACUUCAAGGUGUUUUUAAAAGACAAGGGUGAUUAUUGCAGCCCUCUUUUCUCCUGAAUUUUCAACCCUGAAGUUCAAGGCAAUGGAAGGCAUGCGGUGACAGGAAAGGAAACCAUAGAAUGAAAAGGAUUCUGUGAGAAGGACAGUAAAGCCAAUCGUUCUAUGCCCGGGUCUGGUAUUUCUUAUGAAGUCACGCGUUGUACCAAGGUGAAGAGAAUGUUGUGAGUGUAAGGAGGGUGUAGUGGCAGGAGUGGACUGCUGAGCCAUGCAGAGCUGAAUCUGCUUGAAAAAGAUGAAAGGGACUGCAAAGUGUAAAUGUGU